CCAAAAGCUGAAGGAGAAACUAACACCUGUACUGAAUCUACUGACUGAGAGUUCUCGGGUACACAGGGAGACGCGUCACUACAUACGGCAAAAGAUCCUACCUCCACUGAGGGAUGUUGCCAUCAGACCUGAGCAGGACAGCUCCCUCAGAGGCCAGUUGGUCCGCCUAAUGACCCACGUUGACACAGAUGUGAAGGAUUGUGCUGCUGAACUGCUGUUUGUGCUCUGCAAAGAAAAUGUCAGCCGAUUUGUCAAAUAUACUGGAUAUGGCAAUGCUGCAGGGCUGUUGGCAGCUCGGGGACUGCUUAAUGGUAGAAUGAGUUCUAGUAACAGCCAGUACUCCAGCGACUCAGACUCAGACACAGAAGAGUACCGAGAGGCCAAAGCCAAGAUUAACCUGGUGACUGGCCGGGUAGAAGCAGACCAGCCUGAUCCAAUGGAGGGCAUGACGGACGAAGAGAAAGAAGAGGAGGCACGUCACCUCAUCAGCAUGAUCAACAGACUGUCACGUGAACAAAUCAUUCAGCCAAUGGGUGUGACAGCAGAGGGCAGACUGGCUCCACUUUGGGGCCAAAUGAGUGACUGCACGCUGGAAGAAGAGGAAGAGGAAGAAUUGAAUCUCAUGCCAGAGGGGGGCAAAGACAGUCAGAUGGAAUAGGAUGAUGUAAACAAAGAGCGAGGCAGAGAUGCUAACACACGUAUAUCCAGUGUUGGGAAGGUUACUUUUGAAAUGUACUCCACUACAGAUUACAGGAUACAUGCCCCAAAAUGUUGUUUGCAAUGCAUUCUAUUAAGUUACUCAGUGUGAGUAAUGUAUUCUAAGUACUUUGGAUUACAUAAUAUUGUCAUGCUUUUUACAACUACGUAAAUAUACUAUUACUGAAGGCUACUCGCAAACGCGCUAACAUUGCUAGCUGGCAUUAGCUGGGGUUAGUUCAUAGACUGCAUUCAGAAGUGCACAUUUGCAGCUAGCAGGUUAUUAAUGCUAUCCAGCAAGUCUAACUGUCUAUGAACUAACCUCAGCUAACGCCAGCUAACAAUGUUAGCUUGGUGACGAGUAGCCUUCAGUAAUAGUAGUAAAUCACACAUAAUCCAGGUAGCUACCAGAACUAAAACAAGCUAGCUGCAGUAGGCUAAUGUUAGUUUUUUUUUAAAAAACAACUUACUUCCAGAUAUUUCUUUAGGUUGGAGUCUUUUGACGCUGAGAGCAGAUUGGUUGCUGGCAAACAAAGUUUGCAUUGCACGCUCAGAUUUCACCCAUCCCUUUCUUCUCUAAAUGUAAAUUGGUGAUUGCGCUGGCUCCGGGUCCAUUGUGUAACCGAGGCCACCAACAUUAACAGGACACUUAUAUUAGAGCCUCUAAUUGUGUGUUUUGUUGGAGAAUUAGAGAGGGGAUAGCCUAACAUAUUAAACAGGAAAAGACUGCCAUGUAAUCCAUUUAUUUCAACAAAGGAACUGGAUUCUAAUUAUCACCUUUUAAACGGUAACUGUAAUGGAAUACAGUUACUCAUAUUUUGUAUUUUAAAUACGUAACGCCGGUACAUGUAUUCCAUUACUCCCCAGCACUCCCCAACACUGCACAUAUCUGUGUUGAAGAUCAUUGUUAAAGAGAGAUAAUCCAUAAAGUGAAGGGUAUCAGUCACUAGAUGGCGAGUGAGCUGAAUUUGUUUCCCAUGUUACUUUGUAUUUUACUAUUUUAUAGUAACCCUGUUAGCAGCUUUGUAAAAAUAUAGUUUUUUCAAUAUGUGUUAUUGAAUGUGGAAAUUGUGUAAUGUAAGCUUAUAAAAUGAAAGCGUUUUCUGUAUCAUUCUAUAAUACUGUACAAAUCAUUACAGUCAGUACACAUGCAGAACUGCAGCAUCUGAUCCAUUUAUAGAAGGCUUGCAUCCUAACAGAUGAAGUAUUGCUUGAAUUCUAAAAGGCACAUGAAGUAUCUUAGAUUAGCUGUACUCAAUGACGAGUGUAUAAAUAUACAAUGCUGUCAUGUCUCUUUUCUUUUUUCGUCUUUUUUUGGCUAUUCCCUUUAGGGGUUGACGCAGUAGAUCAUUUCCCUUUAUGCCACCCGAUCCCUAGCAUACUUUUCUGUCACACAAACCCUUUGCCUGUCCUCCUACAUCCACUACAUCCCUAACCUCCUAUGAAGGCUUUCUCUUUGCUUCCUGCAUGGAUCUUUUGUCCAAUAUAUCCACUAUCCCUCCUCUGAACAUAUCCAGACAAUCUCAGUUUUGCUUCUCUUACUUUGUCACCAAACCCCUCAACCUGAGCUGUCCAUUUGAUAUACUGAUUUUGUCCUCCUGAUCACUCUCAACGAAAAUUUUAACAUCUUCAGCUCUUCCACCUUCAGCACCUCCUUUGGUCAGUGUCACAAUCUCCAAACCAUACAUUGUAGCAGGUCCUGAAUGCCCCUGAUGUCAUCUCCACCCACUCAACCCUGCAUGCCUGUGUCUCUCCUUCACCACUCUUGGGCACAGUCCCUUGCUUUGGAUGGGAGACCAGGAAUUUAAACUCAUCUACCAUAACUGCCACUACUCAAAACAAACAUUGCAUCUGUAGUGCUCAUUACUCACUAUAAGCCUUCUCCUUUGCUGUACACCCAGCAUUACAACACUCCUGUCCACUUUUUUCAUCUCCCUGACUCCCCCACAUUUGUUUGCUAACCUCUUCCUUUGAAUACUUUGCUGAAAUACAAAAUAAAUAAUAAUAAAUACAUAAACAAAUGGC